AUGUUUCAGUCGGAUGGCGAGAUGAUCCAGGGUGCAGUGCACCCAGUUGAUCCGGCCUCGCACUGUGCAGUGCACCCUUCUGCUGAGAUCGAUGUGAUUCAAGUGUCUGUUGAAGCUAAGGCUGCCGGCAUGCCUUCUUCAUGCAGUGGCUUGACAGCCAAGUGGCAUCCAGAGGUUUCCUUGCGACCGCUGCAGGCCACCAUGCUUGCAGAUGCGCCCUUGGUGAAAGACCGCGCUGCUCGAAUCGUAGCAAGUUUACGGCACCAGUUCGCUGAGUUCGCAAGGGUGCUUGGACCAACAUGCUGA